UGAGAUGAGCCUUCCCUGCAAACUUAUGCUCUCCGCUCUGCCGUCGGAGCAAUCGAUAGGACGGUGUUUCAUCAGAACCCUCGUGAUCAGAACAAGAAGAAGAGGAAGAAAUGGGCGAUUCGGAAGAACGCCAAGCCCUACUGUCGGCGCUUAUAGCUCUAAAGUUGUUGUAUGCGGGCUUCUGCCCACGGAUCCAUGGUCUCCGGCAGUCGAUUCACAGAGCAUAGCUUCUCAGCUCUUCGCAAUCUCGCUGUUCCCUUACCUCGGUUUCCUGUACUACAUCACUAGGUCAAAAACCGUCCCCAAACUCACUCUCUUCGGUUUCUACUUCUUGCUCGCUUUCGUCGGCGCCACAAUACCUGCUGGAAUUUAUGCAAAGCUGGAGUAUGGGACCUCAUUGGCCAAUGUUGAUUGGCUGCAUGGUGGUGCAGAGUCAUUGCUUACUCUUACAAAUCUCUUUAUCGUGUUGGGGCUGAGGGGAGCUUUGAGAAAAAUCAAUUAUUCAAAGAAAGACGCAGCUAAAUCUCUUUCAGAUAUCACAGAAAAGCAGUCCUCUGUGUAGAUAUUUGUCUAUCCAUCUUAUUUCUUUACAGCAAACCAUUGUUAUGACUUUUGAUGGAUUUAAUAAAGUGUUUCGACAUUUUAAUCUGA